AUGGUAUGGGUCCCAGCUCAUGUCGGCCUGAAGGGGAAUGAAGUGGUUGACGGGCUUGCAAAGGAGGGCCUCAGGCGUGUGGAGGUGAAUGAUCCGGUCCCUCUUGCACCCACAGAGGUCUAUUCACUAGCCCGCCGGCACGUCAUAAAUGAAUGGCGGUCGGCGAGGACACCUAAAACAUACAUUAAUACAUUUGAUAGGACCUCUGUGAGUCUCCAGCCUCCAAAUAAAUAUUCUAAUUUCUUUAGAAUUGAUAAAUGCAUAACGAGGCUGAGACUGGGCACAUCACUUCUCCCAGGAAGUGCUGGGAAAUAUAUUCUCAAAAGUGAUCCGAACUGUGCUCGGUGUGGAGUGACCUGUGACACUUCCCACAUUCUGUUACACUGUGACACUUACAGGGGACAGAGGGCAGAACUUAGGGCAGCCCUAACUUUUUCUGGUUUGGAUUAUAAUAUAAACAAUAUUCUAAACCCCAGCAAGGCUGCCCAGAGGUCUGUCUUCAGGUCACUUGCCAAAUUCCUGGUUGACUGCCAGAUAACCGACAAAAUUUAG